AGGCUCAGGCAGGAGAGCAGCAUGAUGAGGUUAGUUGUCUUGCUAGCUGUGCUUUACAGUGGAGUAAGCAGCAGCAUUCUGCUGCAGAAGAUGUAUGGGAGGAUCAUAUCCCCCAACUUCCCAAAUGGCUACCCAAAUCACAAGGAGAAAAUCUGGAAUAUUACUGUUCCCAAGGGAUAUUCUGUCCGCAUUUACUUCACCCAUUUCAACCUGGAGCUGUCCUACCUGUGUGAAUAUGAUUAUGUGAAGCUGAGCUCUGGUGGGAGGACCUUGGCCACGCUGUGUGGAAAGGAUAGCACAGACACUGAGGAGGCUCCGGGCAACAAGACCUACAACUCCAUUGACAACAACCUCAUGGUAGUGUUUCGGUCUGAUUACUCCAAUGAGAAACCAUUCACAGGUUUUGAGGCGUUUUAUGCUGCUGAAGAUAUCAAUGAGUGCCAAGAGCUGUCUGAUGGUGAACCCCUCUGUAACCAUCACUGUCACAACUACGUGGGGGGCUACUAUUGCAGCUGUCGGAUUGGCUACACACUGCAUGAAAACAAGAGGACAUGCGCAGCAUGAAAUAAUUAAAGCUUCUCCUCGCUUAGGCAGAGAUGGAGACAGAUGUGCUGGGAAGAGCUGGUUUGCCCUCCCUCCUGACCUGCCUGUUGCAGUCUGGCCAAGGGCUGCAGGCUUCUCUUGCUCGGUGACUUGUAUAUCUUGGUUCCUUGCCUUUCAGACCUGCCUCCUGCAGACAAUAAAGAGGCUGUUCCUUG